CGAUACUUCUGGAUUCAUUGCGAACAUACCAGGUGUAAAGAUCCGUUACACCGAGAAAACUCCAGAGUAUGUUGCCCCGGAAAGCGUGUAUGCCACGUCUCGCCAUAUGGGGAACCCACAUGACCCUUCAAUGAACAGAAAUUUCAACCUGACGUGGUACUUUACAGUCGACGCCGGGUUUAACUACCUCGUCAGGCUACAUUUCUGUGAGACUAUUCCGCAAGUGAUCGAACUGAACCAAGUCGUCUUCUCCAUCUUCAUCGGACAUCAGCUUGCUAAGAAAGAGAUGGACGUGAUUUGGUUGAGCGGUGGUUCUCGUAUUCCGAUGUAUCUAGAUUUCAGUGUGUAUGUUGGUUCCGAAAACGGGUCGAGACCUGAUCUACUACUUGAUUUGCAUCCUUACAUGGACACUGGUGCAUCAUAUUAUGAGGCUCUUCUGAAUGGUGUAGAGAUUCUCAAGCUGAAUGACUCUCAAGGUAAUCUCGCAGGAUCUAAUCCAAAUCCUCCAAUAUCAAGGGACCCAGCACCAAAACGUGUGAGGCCGCCGACUAGUAAAGGUAAUAAGUCAAAUGUUUUGCCGAUCAUAAUUGCAGUGGUUGGUUCUGCAAUUGUGCUAGCGGUUUUUGUUGUUGUUGUUGUUGUCCUCGUGGUUAUGAAGAGGAGGAAGAAGAAGAGGAACGAGUUUAGUACUGUACACACCACGAGCAAGCCUUCUAUGAACUCGUCAUGGGGUCCUAUUCCACACGGGACAGGUUCCACAAAUACAAAAUCGGCGACAUCUCUCCCAUCAGAUCUCUGCCGUCGAUUCUCCAUCUACGAAAUCAAAUCCGCCACAAACAAUUUCGAGGAAAAGCUAAUCGUUGGAGUAGGCGGGUUUGGUUCUGUCUUCAAAGGACGAAUAGACGGUGGAGCCACGCUUGUUGCGGUUAAACGGCUGGAAAUUACAUCGAACCAAGGUGCUAAAGAGUUCGAAACAGAGCUCGAGAUGCUCUCAAAUCUCCGACAUGUACAUCUCGUCUCUCUAAUUGGAUACUGCGAUGAGGAUAACGAGAUGGUACUUGUCUACGAGUAUAUGCCACAUGGUACACUUAAAGAUCAUCUUUACAAGAGGGACAAGGCCUCUGAUCCUCCAUUGUCGUGGAAACGGAGGCUACAGAUCUGCAUUGGAGCGGCUCGUGGACUACAGUAUCUCCAUACCGGCGCAAAGCACACGAUCAUACAUAGAGACAUCAAAACCACAAACAUACUUUUGGAUGAAGACUUCGUAGCCAAAGUAGCUGACUUUGGUUUAUCAAGAGUCGGUCCUACUAGUGCUUCUCAAACUCACGUCUCCACCGUCGUUAAAGGAACGUUUGGUUAUUUGGACCCUGAGUACUAUCGCCGUCAAAUCUUAACAGAUAAAUCUGACGUGUACUCCUUUGGAGUUGUUCUGUUCGAGGUUUUGUGCUGUAGACCGAUUCAAAUGCAGAGUCUUCCUCGGGAACAAAUGGAUUUGAUCCGAUGGGUGAAGUCAAAUUACAAAAGAGGUACCGUUGAUCAGAUCAUUGACCAAGACCUAGCUAAUGAUAUUACUUCGGUAUCAUUGGAGAAGUUUUGUGAGAUUGGCGUUAGAUGUGUUCAAGAUCGUGGUAUUGAACGGCCAUCCAUGAACGACGUCGUUUGGGCGCUUGAGUUUGCUCUUCAGCUUCAUGAGACUGAUAAGAAGAAGAAUGGCAAUGUGGAGUCUCUGGAUGUAAUGCCACACGGCGAGGUAGGUACGACGACUGAGGGAGAAGAUGACAUGGUUAUUAGGACCUCAGGACAUGUGGCGAAUUCUUCCACGACCGAUGACUCUGCUCCUUUGGUUGGUGAUGAGAGGAGUGGUUCGAGUUGGGGAGUAUUUUCCGAGAUCAGAGAUCCUAAAGCACGGUAGAUUUGAUGGCUUGAUAAACAAGUAAUACAUUCUGUUUAGGGCUAUAUACUUAUACAUUAUUUGACUAUGUAUAAUUGUUGAAUAAAAACAUAAAGUGUUGUAUUUAAAAUAUACUAUUAUGAAUAAUAUUUAG